GAGGAAAACUUUUCGUUUUGACAUUUUAUUUGUGUCGUCUUCUGAAAGUUGAAAGUUUUUAUUAUGUUCAAUCGAUGUGUGUGCAAGUUUAGUUUAAAAUUAGUUUUUAAAAUUCGUUAGUUAAAGGUUGGUUAAAUGCAUCACCGCGUCGAUAUUCGGCCCGGAUAACAGAAAGAACAUCAAAACACUUGUCGUAUUGUUCGAAUCGGAGUCGUCAUUUACCUUUCACAAUGUGCGAUUCAUCCAAUAAUAUUUCCGAUCCCGUCGUUACUCCUGUUGUAUCAACUGGAACCACACCAACCAAAUGCACACUAUGUCACAAAUACUACAAAAAUAUGGCAGCCCAUCUUAAAGACCAUAAAAGAGAACGGAAAUUCGAAUGUGACUACUGCCAUCGUAAGUUCGUUUGGAAGUACAAACUGAUACCACACAUGGAUGUUCAUGUAGCUGGUCAACGUUUCAAGUGUUCUUACUGUCCGAGGGGAUUUAGUUUCAAAUCAUCGUUGGAGUAUCACCUGCGUAGUCACACCAAUCAAAAUGUUCAUUUAUAUCAGUGCGAAUUCUGUGGCAAGGAGUUCAAAUAUCCACACACCCUGACCACCCACCUUCGAACACAUACAAAGGAGAAGCCCUACAAAUGUACCAUGUGCGAAAAAUCGUACAGUCAAUUCGUCAGUUUACAGCAUCAUAUUAUGAUACACAACGGACAAAAGCCCUACCAUUGCGACAUAUGCGGCAAAGGUUUUUCCGAUUUGACGGGCGUUAAGCUACAUAAACGCACGCACACAAACGAGAGCCCAUUCUUGUGCCAUUUAUGUGGAAAAGCUACCAAAACUAUCGGUAAUCUUAAGUCGCACUACUCCUACGUGCACAAAAUCAAAGACAUAACCGGACCGACGAUUCAAAAUAAUUCGAAAAUUUUCGCCAAAUAUACGGCAGAGGAAUUGAAAUCGAUCGGUCUGCUGGAGAUAUUAAGCAGAGAAGCUAUGGCUAAUGUUUUGAAGCAGGAGAAUCGUGUGGAAGACAAUCUGGUGUUCAGCAGGGGACCAAAGGCAAACAGCAAUACGAAUAGCAAUUUGACGAGUUCGCUCGUCGAGCCAAGUUCGCAGUGUACAGAUUCUACGUUAGGCAAUGAAAAUGGACAAACAAAGGUUAUCGCUGGAAGGGAACCAUUUGUUAAUUCAAAAAAUUUCGAUGAACAUGAACAACCUGCAACGAGAUCGUGCAUCGAAGAGAAAUCGUCCUCAAGAAGUGAUCAAACAAUUGGGUCGGUCUUCAUCAAAGCGGAAACUGGUGAAAUCGAAGGCUUUGCUGAUGAUUCGUCGUUCAACGAUCCAAUUUCACCGACACCUGGUGACGAUUUUACCGAAAUGAUAGUCGACGUUAAGCCGAGCCUUUAUUUUGAUGAAGAAAAUGUUCCAUGUAGCGGUGACGUUAAUGUCGAUACACUCUCCACACAGAACUGUAUCGAUCCGGAUGCCGACUUAGAGCACAAUUCGUCUACAACAGAAGAAAAAUCUCAAAAAGUAAAACCGGUCAAAAGCAAACCGAAGAGAAAUCGUCAGAAGCGUGAAGGCGAGCUGUACAUUUGUGAUAUUUGCAGUAAGUCAUACAAGAAAAAGGAUCACUUAAAGGGACACAUCAUCACCCACAGUGAGAAGAACUUCAUUUGUGAGCAGUGUGGCAAUAAAUUCCAUAAUACAUCGAAUCUUCGAAGGCACGUGCGGCUCAGACAUUCAAACGACCGCCCAUUUGCUUGUCAUCUGUGUGUAUUCCGUACAAAAACGAAUUACAGUUUGAAGGUGCAUCUUCGGUCUCAUUUCAACGAGAAAAUCUUCAAAUGCAUGUACUGCGAUAAAUGCUUUAGCGGCAGCACUAACCGUGACAGUCAUCAGAGAUCUCAUACAGGUGAGAAGCCGUACAAAUGCCAAUUCUGUGCGAAAGCUUUUGCGGAUGGAUCUGUGUACAAACAACACUUGAGCAUACAUUCGAUUGAACGACCCUACAAAUGUCAUAUUUGUGGAAAGAGUACUGCCUUAUCGGGACCUUUAAAGUCACAUUACAAACGAUGCCAUAAAAUUGAAAUUAAAAAUGCUAAGGAACUAAGGAUGCUGUGUAUGGGCGGGAAAAUGGAAGAGGAUAAUUGAAAUAAAAAGUUUUUAUUGAAAAAAAAA